UGACCAGUCGUCUCCUUUUCAUCCGAUAUUCUCGCGGACUGCAAUCGUGCUUGCACUGGCCGUCCGUCGCAGCUUCAGCCUUAUUCCGGUGUAACUCCGACCACAGAGCUCUUCACCGAUAUAUACCUUCAUAAUGUCGACAUUUUUCUACGCACACCAGCAACAGCAGCACCACCAGCAGCAGCACCACCACGCCGCUGCUUCGCACAUGGUGUCCAACACGAACAACCAUGGCGGCCGCUCCCGGAGGGGCCCGCGCAUGGGUUCGCAGAACACGCAGCGCCAGUUCAGGGGUGUCAAGAGCAUGCGAGAGUUGGCUGAGGCUCCCACUAUCACCGCUUUCCGUGCCCGUUUCGAGGCUGGACGUUCGUUCGACUUGGACGACGACCUCGAAUUCUGCCCCGGUCUGCUGACGGAGGACGAUCUGCACUCCAUCCACUCGUCUGGCUCCGAUCGAUCGUCACUGUCGAGCGGAUCUCCUGAUUCGUCCCCACUGCAGCAUCAGAUCCAGCCCGCCCAACAAGUCACCCCAUCCAUCUCUCUGUCUCCCGCUUCGACCAACGCCUAUGUGCCGUCGGCGAUGAACGGUAAUCUUAAUCAGAUGGGUUUCCAGCAGCCGGCUGCAGUGCGCGCAAGGAAAGUCAUUCCGAUCGUCAACCCCCACACCGGUGUGACCCUCUCGAGCCCACCAACCUCGAUCUCGCCCGGCGCGAUGCAGAACCAGCGCCGAUGGUGAGGAUGCCGCAUGCCUAGUGCAGCGCAGCUGCCAAAUGGCCUCCGUCCCUGGCAUGUCUAAUGACCCUUCGUCCGUGAUUUCUGCGUCGUCGCUUUUUUUUUCCCCCACUGGGCCGCGAGUCUUGAUGAUUGGUA